AGCCACUUGCAUAUCGUUUCCUCACAGCUAUCGUCAUCCCCAAUCCCAAUUUCAAUUCCUUCGUCCUCUCGAUAAAAUCGCUUCAGAUAUGGAUUGAUUAUCCUCCGGAUGACUGCGGCACCUUCUUUAAUGGCGUGUUCUUCUCCAUAUUGCGUCAAAAUCGAUACAUUACUCAGUAGCAGCAGCAGCGAAUUCAAUCCAAUUUCAGUUGCGUCUUCCUUUCGCGCUUGCCGUUUUCGCCGCUGUCUCUCUACAAACCUAAUUUCAUGCCGACCUUCUGCGAAGCUUAAAUUGAACUUCUUUGAUUCGUCGAAAGGGAGAGGGUUUUUGCGAAUUCAAAAUGGUGGAUUUGGAAUUCAUUACAACUCAUCCAAGAUUUUCACUCAGACUUUAGUGGCCAGAGCCGACGCCAACCAGACUGAAGACGAGGAACCCGUUGAGGUUAAUGAAGACCACACAAACGUUCCGGAGUUACUCCAACAACAGAAAUCAAGUCAAUUAGCAAAACGAGUCAUCUUCGGAAUCGGAAUCGGUGUUUCCGCCGGUGGAAUCGUACUAGCAGGAGGAUGGGUAUUCUCCAUAGCCUUAGCUGCUGCUGUUUUCGCUGGUUCAAGAGAAUACUUUGAACUUGUCAGAAGCCAUGGAAUUGCUUCCGGAAUGACUCCUCCACCUCGUUAUGUCUCCCGAGUUUGCUCAGUCAUCUGUGCUCUCCUUCCCUUAUUCACUCUAUACAAGGGUCAAAUUGAUGUUUCUGUGACAUCAGCAGCCUUUAUUGUUGCUAUGGCACUGCUCUUACAAAGAGGAAAUCCUCGUUUUUCUCAACUUAGUAGUACAAUGUUUGGGUUGUUUUAUUGUGGAUAUCUUCCGUCUUUUUGGGUCAAACUUAGAUGUCGUUUGACUGCACCUGCGUUAAAUUCUGGAGUGGGAGCUACAUGGCCUAUACUUUUAGGUGGUCAGGCUCAUUGGACUGUUGGUCUUGUGGCCACAUUGAUAUCUAUCAGCAGUGUAAUUGCAGCAGAUACAUUUGCUUUUGCUGGUGGAAAGGCAUUUGGUCGGACCCCACUUACGAGUAUCAGUCCGAAGAAAACAUGGGAAGGAGCUCUUGCAGGUUUAACAGGUUGCAUAGCCACUUGUGUGUUGUUAUCAAAGAUUCUUUCUUGGCCUACUUCUACACUCGGUGCAAUUGGGUUCGGUUUCCUCAACUUCUUUGGAUCUCUCUUUGGUGACCUCCUUGAGUCCAUGAUCAAGAGAGAUGCUGGUGUCAAAGAUUCAGGCUCCCUCAUUCCCGGCCAUGGUGGAAUACUUGACAGGGUGGAUAGUUACGUUUUUACGGGUGCAUUAGCGUAUGCUUUUGUUCGCAACUUACUCCCGCUUUAUGGAGUUUAAUAUUUUUUUACAGAGUUUAAGGUUAAUGUUUAGAUAGAUAGUAUGGACUUUGUAUUCCAAGUGAUAAUAAUUUAUAAUAAUUCA